CGUCACUCACAUCACUUCCGUGGGAGAGUGAACGAUCAGAGGGUCAGACCUCCGAGCUCCUGGACAGCUUUGACCUGAGAGCACCUGUGAGCGCGUUAUAACUGUUUAUAAAGGGUUAAUAACACAGAACACACCCUGACUACACACUCUGUCUGGGUUUAUCUCUCAUCUGAGUUCAUUGAGGUGAAAGAUGAGUUCCAACAGCAGCUGGUCAGUUGAUGAGGAUCAGUCCUCCAAGUUAAUGAGGAAGGCUAAAGAGUCUCCGUUUGUCCCUGUAGGAAUGGCGGGGUUCCUCGGAGUCGUAGCGUACGGAUUGUACAGGCUGAAAUCUCGUGGAGAGACGAAAAUGUCUGUCCAUCUGAUUCACAUGAGGGUCAGGGCUCAGGGCUUCGUGGUCGGCGCCAUGACCCUCGGUGUGAUGUACUCCAUGUAUAAGGAAUAUUUGGCUCCAGGUGAGAAGUGACCGGUCCGAGCUCCUCCUCCUCCUCCUCCUCCUCCUCCUCCUCACAUGUUUAUUUAUUCACUUUAUUCACACACAAAUAAACACUGAAGAAUAAACUCUAGAUUUAUUUUAGCAGAAAGUUCCUGUUAAUAAUCACACACAGAUGGUAUAUAGAUUAUAGACACAUGAUCAGAUUAUAGACAGAAUUCUCGGUGCAUUCUUUCAGCUGUACCACUUACAGCCAGCUCCAGAAGUAUUGGCACCCUUGAUGAAGGUGGUUGAGAAUGUCUCUGCAGCUUUCAGAGCCGUGUUCGUGUUCACGUUAGUGUAGUGGAGUGUGUGAAGUGUAGUGGAGUGUGUGGACUGUGUGGAGUGUGUGUAGCGGAGUGUGUGGAGUGUGUGGAGUGUGUGUAGCGGAGUGUGUGGAGUGUGUGUAGCGGAGUGUGUGGAGUGUGUGUAGCGGAGUGUGUGGAGUGUGUGUAGCGGAGUGUGUGUAGCGGAGUGUGUGUAGCUGACUGUGUGGAGUGUGUGUAGUGGAGUGUGUGUAGCGGAGUGUGUGUAGCGGAGUGUGUGGAGUGUGUGUAGCGGAGUGUGUGUAGUGGAGUGUGUGGAGUGUGUGUAGCGGAGUGUGUGUAGUGGAGUGUGUGGAGUGUGUGUAGUGGAGUGUGUGUGUAGUGGAGUGUGUGUAGCGGAGUGUGUGUAGUGGAGUGUGUGUGUAGUGGAGUGUGUGUAGCGGAGUGUGUGUAGCGGAGUGUGUGGAGUGUGUGUAGUGGAGUGUGUGUAGCGGAGUGUGUGUAGCGGAGUGUGUGGAGUGUGUGUGUAGUGGAGUGUGUGUAGCGGAGUGUGUGUGUAGUGGAGUGUGUGUGUAGCGGAGUGUGUGUAGUGGAGUGUGUGUAGCGGAGUGUGUGUGUAGUGGAGUGUGUGUGUAGCGGAGUGUGUGUAGCGGAGUGUGUGUGUAGUGGAGUGUGUAGUGGAGUGUGUGUGUAGUGGAGUGUGUGUAGCGGAGUGUGUGUAGUGGAGUGUGUGUAGCGGAGUGUGUAGUGGAGUGUGUGUGUAGUGGAGUGUGUGUGUAGUGGAGUGUGUGUAGCGGAGUGUGUGUAGCGGAGUGUGUGUAGUGGAGUGUGUGUGUAGUGGAGUGUGUGUGUAGUGGAGUGUGUGUAGCGGAGUGUGUGUAGCGGAGUGUGUGUGUAGUGGAGUGUGUGUGUAGCGGAGUGUGUGUAGUGGAGUGUGUAGUGGAGUGUGUGUGUAGUGGAGUGUGUGUGUAGUGGAGUGUGUGUGUAGUGGAGUGUGUAGUGGAGUGUGUGUGUAGUGGAGUGUGUGUAGCGGAGUGUGUGUGUAGUGGAGUGUGUGUAGCGGAGUGUGUGUAGCGGAGUGUGUGUGUAGUGGAGUGUGUGUAGCGGAGUGUGUGUGUAGUGGAGUGUGUGUAGCGGAGUGUGUGUAGCGGAGUGUGUGUGUAGUGGAGUGUGUGUGUAGUGGAGUGUGUGUAGCGGAGUGUGUGUAGCGGAGUGUGUGUGUAGUGGAGUGUGUGUGUAGCGGAGUGUGUGUAGCGGAGUGUGUGUGUAGUGGAGUGUGUGUGUAGCGGAGUGUGUGUAGCGGAGUGUGUGUGUAGUGGAGUGUGUGUGUAGCGGAGUGUGUGUAGCGGAGUGUGUGUGUAGCGGAGUGUGUGUAGCGGAGUGUGUGUGUAGCGGAGUGUGUGUGUAGCGGAGUGUGUGUAGCGGAGUGUGUGUGUAGUGGAGUGUGUGUGUAGCGGAGUGUGUGUAGCGGAGUGUGUGUGUAGCGGAGUGUGUGUAGCGGAGUGUGUGUGUAGCGGAGUGUGUGUAGCUGACGGCUCAUGUUUAAAGAGAACAGGGUGUGUUGUUCCUCAGCAGCGUGUUUAUGAGAAUUUCCUGUUUAAAUGAUUUUAUUAGACUUUAACUCAGAUUAUAAAGAGCAGCUGAUUAUUUAUUUCA